AUUUAAUUGCAUCAAUGAAAAAUAGUAUUGGAUAGUUCAUGGCUGAUUUAAAGCAUGCUAUUUAAGAAUUUGAGGAAAGUAAAAUAAUGGAAGAAAUUGUUCCAAGAAAAUUCAAUAAUUAAAAUGUUAAUGAAAAUUAAGACAUGGAAGGAUUAACAUAAUGUCUUUCAGUACCACUUUACGAUCUAUUAGAUCGAGGAGGCAAAAGAAUAAGACCUUAUUUUUGUAUGUUAAUUGCAGAUUUAUUUUUACAAAGUCGUAAAUUAGUUUACGAAGUUGCAGGCUGUGUUGAAAUUAUUCAUAAUGGUACUUUAAUUAUAGACGAUAUUGAAGAUAGCAGGUGAUAAUUUCUUUAUAAUUUUUUUAGUAAAGUAAGAAGAAAUGAUUAAUGUAUCCACAUAAAAUAUGGAUUAGAUGUAGCAGCAAAUGCUUCAAGUUAUGCUUAUUUUGCUCCUUUAUAGUAUUUUUUGAAUAAAACAAAAUAUUCCAAUGAAAUGAAAUUAAAAAUAUUGCAAAUAUGUAUUCAAAAUAUGACAGAGGCACAUUUAGGAUAAGCUUGGGAUAUAAAAUGGCAUCGUUCAACUGAUUAUAUUCCAACAGAAGAAUAAUACAUAAAAAUGGUUGGAUUUAAAACUGGUGCUUUAUUAAAAAUCCCAGCUCUGUUAUCUUGUGCAGUUUUGGGUAUAGAUGACUAAAUAGCUGACAAAUUAUCAAAUUUUGCAGAAAAGCUUGGUGUAGCAUUUUAGAUUUAAGAUGUGCUGAUUUAUAAUAUAUUUAGGAUAUAUUAAAUUUGAUUGGAAACGAAAAGUAUAAGAAUACAAAAGGAUAUUUAGGAGAAGAUAUUAAUGAAGGAAAAUUAACUUUAAUUGUAAUUCAUAGUCUUUCCAAAAAUAAAGGAAGACUAUUAGAAAUACUUAAUUCUAGACCAGAAGAUUAAAAAGUGAUUGAUGAGGUAUAAAAUAUCUAUAAUCUCAAGGCAAUUAAAAUUAUUUAAUCAACUGGAAGUUUGGAAUAUGCAUAAAAGAAAUCAGAAGAAAUACUUUAAAGUGCCUUAAAAGACAUUGAUUAGAUUAAUUUUGAAAAUUUGGAAGGCAAACAAAAAUUAAGAAAUCUUGCACUUUUCUUAAUAUAAAGAAAUUAUUGA